GUCUGUCCUUUCCGCGGUGCCGAAUUCUGAGGAGCGCACGUGUAUUGGGAAUGGUUGCAUUGCCGCGGAGGUUCGGAGGAUUCGUGAUCUACAAUCCUGCUCUGAAAAAAGCCAGACUUAACUGAUGUUUGUCCCGUCCUUCAAAUUAUCUGUCUUUUUUCAGUUUUCCCGGACAUAAUUCCAUUUUCUUCGGCAUCAGAUGUAAUUGAAAUGACAGCGGAAUCUAAUCGUCUUGGAAGCUUUGAGGGACCCAAGGACAGGUGAAAAAUGAAAGCGCCCAUCCCUCUGCAGAUCCUGCUCUACGCUACGGUCAUCAGGAGCCUGAAGGUGGUGUCCAAGAGGGGAUCAGGGACGGCCCCUCAAGCAGACCUGCUUUUGAACCUGGGCCCCAGAGUGGAUGGCUGUACAGACUGGUCGUUGGACUACUUGAAAUACAAAGUGCUUUUGGGAGAGCCGGUGAGGAUUAAAUGUGCUUUAUUCUAUGGAUAUAUCCGAGCGAACUACACUCACGCCCAGAGCGCCGGACUCAACCUCAUGUGGUACAAGAGCACUGGGCUCGGGGACCACGGGGCUUUAGUGCAGGGCUUUGAAGAGCCCAUCUCCUUCGACGGCAUACGAAUGAGCAAAGAGGAGGACUCUAUAUGGUUCAGGCCCGCCGAGCUGCAGGACGCGGGACACUACUCUUGUGUGUUGAGAAAUUCGACAUACUGUAUGAAAGUCUCCAUGGAGCUGUCAGUGGCUGAAAAUGACACAGAUGCCUGCUAUAACUCCAAGAUGAGGUACUUUGAGAAGGCAGAGUUAAGUAAAAGCAAAGACAUCAUCUGCCCCGAUAUUGAGGACUAUGUACAGCCGGGGAAGGAUCCAGACCUAGUCUGGUACAAGGAAUGCAAGCCCAAACAGUGGAGGCAGAGUAUUGUGAGAAGAAAGGACACCCUCUCUAUCCGUGAGGUCCGCGAAGAUGACAUUGGAAAUUACACGUGUGAAAUACAAUUCGGGAGCUUUGUGGUUCGAAGAACAACAGAGUUAUCAGUCACAGCCCCGCUGACAGACAAGCCACCCAAGAUCCUCUUCCCCUCCGAGAACAAAAUAAGCACCCUGGAAACGCAAAUAGGUAGCAUGGUGAACCUCACUUGCCGUGCGUUCUUUGGCUACAGCGGCGAUGCCAGCCCACAGAUCUACUGGAUGAAGGGCGAAAAGUUCAUCGAGGACCUGGAUGAGAGACACGUGCGCGAGAGCGAAAUGAAAACCAUCCGUGAGCAUCUAGGGGAGCGGGAGGUGUCUAUCUCCUUGAUGAUCGACCCUCUGAAGGAGAGCGACCUGGGAAACUACACCUGCUAUGUGGAGAACAACAACGGCAGAAGGCAGGCCACCAUACAGCUCGCCAAGAGGGCAGAGCUUAUGUACACAGUGGAGCUGGCCGGGGGUCUGGGAGCCAUUUUGCUGCUGCUCAUCUUCCUGGUCACUCUGUACAAAUGCUACAAGAUCGAGCUCAUGCUCUUCUACCGAAACCACUUUGGGAGCGAGGACGUGGACGGAGAAAAUAAGGACUAUGACGCCUAUCUGUCCUACACCAAAGUGGACCCUGACCAGUGGGGCCAGGAGACCAGGGAGGAGGAGCGUUUUGCGCUGGAGAUCCUCCCCGACAUCCUGGAAAAGCAUUAUGGGUAUAAGCUCUUCAUCCCAGACAGGGACUUAAUCCCCACAGGAAGUAUCACCAAUGAGCAUUACCAGGAUGAUACUGGACUUCUUAGAGCCUACAUCGAGGACGUGGCGCGCUGCGUGGACCAGAGCAAGCGGCUGAUCAUCGUCAUGACGCCCAACUACGUGGUGCGCCGGGGCUGGAGCAUCUUCGAGCUGGAGACGCGGCUGCGCAACAUGCUGGCGAGCGGCGAGAUCAAGGUGAUCCUGAUCGAGUGCGCCGAGCUGCGCGGCAUCAUGAACUACCAAGAGGUGGAGGCGCUCAAGCACACCAUCAAGCUGCUGACCGUCAUCAAGUGGCACGGCGCCAAGAGCAGCAAGCUCAACUCCACCUUCUGGAAGCACGUGCUGUACGAGAUGCCCUUCAAGCGCACGGAGCCCAUGAUCAGCCACGAGCAGGUGCUGGACGUCAGCGAGCAGGGGCCCUUCGGCGAGCUGCAGACCGUCUCGGCCAUCAGCAUGGCGGCCGCCACCUCCACCGCCAUGGCCACCGCCCACCCGGACCUGCGCUCCACCUUCCACAACACCUACCACACGCAGAUGAGGCAGCAGAAACACUACUACCGCAACUACGAGUACGACAUCCCGGCCACCGGCGGCACGCUGCCCACGCUCGCCUCGCUGGGCAACCAGCACACGUACUGCAACAUCCCCAUGACUCUGCUCAACGGCCAGCGGCCCUCGCACGCGCAGCAGCCCAAGAGCUCGCGCGAGCAGAGCCUGGAGGAGGCGCACGCCAACAACGCCAUGCUGCCGCUGCUGCCGCGCGAGACCAGCAUAUCCAGCGUCAUCUGGUGA